AUGUGUCUGUGCACGCCAGCAGUCUCCCGUUUCCUCUGUCUUCUUCCUCCCAGGGCCCUGGCCAAGCUGGCAGACAUCCUGGAGCCCAUUGGCCGGCAAGAAGAGGCAGAACUGCCGGCCCAGAUCCUGGCGGAGUUUGUGAUGGACUCCCGCAAGAAGGACAAGCUGCUCUGCAGCCAGCUUCAGGUAGUAGACUUCCUGCAGAAUUUCUUGGCUCAGGAGGAUGUUGUCCAAGGAGUAGACCCCUUGGCUUCUGAAGACACCAGCCGGCAGAAGGCACUUGCAGCCAAGGAGCAAUGGAAGGAGCUGAAGGCCACCUACCAAGAGCAUGUAGAAGCCAUCACAGGUGCCCUGACCCAGGCCUUACCCACGAUGGAGGAGGCUCAGAGGAAGCGGGCGCAGCUCCUGGGAGCCCUGGAAGAGCUCCAGGCCAAGAAGCAGGUGGCCACGGAGAGACUGAGGACAGCCCAGAAGCAGUGGCAGCUGCAACAGGAGAAGCAUCUGCAGCAUCUGGCAGAAGCCUCUGCAGAGGUGAGGCAGCGGCAGAGAGGGAUGCAGCAGGAGCUUGAGCGGCUGUCUCAGGAACUUGGAACACUGCAGGAGCAGGCGGGGCAGAAGCAGGACACGCUUCACAGGCACCAGGCCUUCCUCCAGCUGCUACAAACUCUGCAGGGUCAGCUGCCGUUCCCCGAGGCAGAGGCAGAGCUGCCACGGAAGCUGGAUCUUCCUGAGGAUGAGCCCCAGGAGCAGAAUCCUGGGGCUAUCAUAGGGAAGGACAGGAGUGUGCCAUCCAAGGUGAAUUGA